AGGAGAGAGGGAGCGAGAGAGGUGAAGAGAGAUCGGGAGAAAUUGAAUACAUGUAGAACAUAUAUAUUUAUACAGAUAUAUAUUUUCACAGCGUGCGUGUCAGUGUGCGUGUGCGCGCGUGUGUGGCGGCGGAGGCGGCGGCGGUGGUGGUGGGGGACACCCGCAAAACGGAUACCUCAAAAAGCAAGGAUGUGAAAAAGGAUGGAGGGACGCAGGAAGAGAGGGGGGAAAGGCUGGUGAAAUUCAGCACCCUCUCUAAGUGCGAUAUAUAUCUGCCUCCCCCCCUCGGCAGGUUGCCAUGGUCGCCAUACCUACUCUCUCUCUCCUAUUGGUCCUGGCAGAGUGGGCAGGUCUGGUGGACGCAUCCCCCCACCUCCUGCUCCGGCCGAGCCCGCGGGAGCGUGAUGCAGGGGCCGUGAUGAACUUCAACAUUGCCGUGAUCCACGCCGGUGCCACGGUGCAGGCGGAGGCAGCGGUGGCGGGGCCGGGGGGAAGGGUGCUCUACCCCGGCUUCGGACGGGUAUACGGCUCCCUGGGGGAGAGCGUGGUCACCCAGUGGGGCUCUGCUAACGUCAUCUGGCUUCAGGUGAAUGACAGCAGCCCUAAGACGGUGCUGUCCCAGCUGUGUGAGCUGUUAGCGGCGAGGCCCCUGCAGGGUCUGGUUUAUGAAGAGGAGAGGCCCCCUCGGACGGCUUGGGGUCCCUUGGCCCCCAUGCUGGAGUUUGUCUCUGCACAAACAGGACUGCCUAUAGUGGCUGUGGGCGGGGGAGCAGGGCUGGGGAGGAUGCCACAGGAAACAGGUUCCAUCUUUCUCCAGUUCAGCUCCUCCACUGCGCUCCAGUUAGAGGUCAUCUUCGAGGUGCUGGAGGAAUACGACUGGACCGCCUUUUCUGUGGUGUCCACGCGUCACCACGGCUACCAGGACUUCCUGUCCGUGGUGGAGGGACUGACGGACGGCUCGUUCAUCGGAUGGGAGAAGAAGAGUGUUGUUAUCCUGAACGUGACCGACGACCCUGGUGGUGCACGCACGCGCAGGCUGCUGAAGGAGAACGAGGCGCAGGUGCGCCUGCUGUACUGCUCUCAGGAGGAGGCUGAGCUGGUCUUCCGUGCUGCCUGGGCUGCCGGUCAGGCCGGGGCCUCACACAUGUGGUUCGCAGUGGGCCCCGCUCUCUCGGGUCUGGGCAUGGAGAGCUUGCCUCGGGCGUUAUUUGCCGUUCGGCCCCAGGGCUGGAGGGACGAGCCUCGCCGAAGGAUCGCUCGCGGUGUGUCUGUGCUCACUCACGGAGCGGUGGCGAUGCGCAAGGAAUAUGGAAGCACGGGCGGGCCAAACUUUGUCACCACAUGCAUGACAGAUGCCAAUCAGACCCAGAGGCUGCGAAGCAGGAUGAGGUAUUUCAGCAACAUAACGCUUGGUGGUCGAGACUAUUCCUUCAAUAGCGACGGUUACCUGGCCAACCCUUUCUUGGACGUCAUCUCUUGGACACCUGGAAGAGGUUGGGAAGAUGUAGGCUGGUGGGAGAACGGCGUGCUAAGACUUCGGUACCCAGCCUGGUCCCGCUACGGGCCCUUCCUGAAGCCGCCCGACGACGCCCAGCACCUGCGGGUUGUAACACUGGAGGAAAGGCCAUUUGUCAUUGUAGAGCUUGCAGACCCUGCUUCAGGAACCUGCAUCCGGGACUCUGUUCCCUGCAGACGUCCUCUCAAUGCCAGUGCGAUCCAUGAGGGUGUGGCUCCGCUGAAGCAGUGCUGCAAGGGUUUCUGCAUUGACAUCCUCAAGCGACUCGCAAAGAUUGUCGGCUUCACCUACGACCUCUACUUGGUGACCAACGGGAAGCAUGGGAAGAAAAUUGAUGGCGUUUGGAACGGCAUGAUUGGAGAGGUGGUGUACAAGCGGGCGGACAUGGCCAUCGGCUCGCUGACUAUCAAUGAGGAGAGGUCCGAGGUCGUGGAUUUUUCUGUGCCGUUCGUGGAGACGGGGAUCAGUGUCAUGGUCUCCCGUAGCAAUGGCACCGUAUCACCAUCAGCAUUUUUAGAGCCUUACAGUCCAGCGGUGUGGGUGAUGAUGUUCGUCAUGUGCCUCACUGUUGUGGCUGUGACCGUCUUUAUUUUUGAAUUCUUCAGCCCUGUGGGCUAUAACCGCAGUCUGCAAACAGGAAAGAAGGCCGGAGGCUCCACAUUCACCAUCGGAAAAUCUGUCUGGCUUUUAUGGGCUAUUGUCUUCAACAACUCUGUGCCGGUGGAGAACCCGAGAGGAACCACGAGCAAGAUCAUGGUGCUGAUCUGGGCCUUCUUUGCUGUCAUCUUUCUGGCCUCUUACACUGCUAACCUGGCUGCCUUCAUGAUCCAGGAAGAGUACAUUGACACAGUUUCAGGUCUCUCGGACAAGAAGUUUCAGCAUCCAGAGGAGCAGUACCCACCUCUCAAGUUUGGCACGGUGCCCAAUGGGAGCACAGAAAAAAACAUUCGCUCCAACUAUCCAGACAUGCACCAGUACAUGGGCAAAUACAACCAGAGAGGAGUGGAGGACGCCAUCCUGAACCUAAAGACUGGGAAGCUGGAUGCUUUUAUUUAUGAUGCUGCAGUGUUAAACUAUAUGGCCAGGAAGGACGAAGGCUGUAAGGUGAUGACCAUAGGCUCGGGGAAGGUUUUUGCCACCACAGGCUACGGUAUCGCCCUGCACAAAAACUCACGUUGGAAACGUCCUCUUGACCUGGCCCUGCUGCAGCUAGUGGGAGAUGAUGAGAUUGAAAUGCUGGAGCGCCUCUGGCUGUCAGGUAUCUGCCAUAAUGACAAAAUUGAGGUGAUGAGCAGUAAACUGGACAUUGACAACAUGGCUGGGGUCUUCUACAUGCUUCUGGUGGCUAUGGGCCUCAGUCUGCUGGUGUUUGCAUGGGAACAUUUAGUCUACUGGAAACUGCGCCACUGUAUGGCCACUAGUUCUGGGAAGUUGGACUUUCUCUUGGCAAUUAGCAGAGGCAUGUACAGCUGCUGCAGUUUUGAGGAUGAAACGGCACCAGGUGGAUCUAAAUCUUUGCCUUCACACCACCACACCGCAAUGGUGACUGUUCCAUCACAGCCACAUGUCGUUUCAACAACUGUGACCAACCCAGCAAUUGCAAUGGCGCAACAGCAGCAACAACCACAACAGCAGCAACCACCGCCUGUCUACAAAACACCUCUACCAGGCUCUCCUCCCACUGUGGUACAUUCUGGGUCAGCUCUGGGUUCUUCUAACCCCCCCAUUGCUGGUGCCCCCCUCCCUUGCUCCACUUUCCUGCCUCGACCAGAUCGAAGGUUGGCAGUAGUGGAUCGCUGGAGGUUGCCUAAAACUGCUACAGCCACCAACCCCUUGGCUGUAAGAGGGGGCAUCACUGACAUGGGGCCGUUUGCUCAGAAAGUUCCACAAAACUGGGCUACAGCUGCUGGAGGGGGUGGGGGACUCGAUGGCUAUAAGAGAUAUUAUGGUCCCAUUGACCCUGAGGGACUGGGAUCCUGCAUGGAUCAGCAAGCAGGGUCCCAGACCCCCAAGACUAUGCCAAGGGGCCACCCCCAGCCCCCUCCAGCGAGUGUGGCCUUCUAUUCAGAGAAGAGCAUGGAUCAUGGGGUGGGGAAGAAGGUGGUGGGAGGUGGCGGUGGAGGUCAGGGGAAAGGGCCUGUUAAACCUCUGGGCACCCCCAGGUUGCCUCCUAAGAGUCAGGCCCCUCUACCUCCUACACCUCCACUGCCACAUCCCUCUCCCCCUCUCCCUUCAUCCUUCUGGAGAAAGCGGAGGCCCAAGAAGCCCAAAGAGCCUGGGGGGCCACUUUAUGAGAACAUUCUGCCUCUGGGGCGAAGGGGAGGAGCAAGAGAUGGAAUGAGGGAAGGAGGAGGAAGGAGGACCCGCCCGCUUUCUCCUCCACUUUCACUUCCUAUACCAGUUCCACUGAGCCCCUCCUAUACUCCUCCGUCUCCUUCUGCAUCUUUGCACUAUACGUCCUCAUCCUCCACGUCAACCACCUCAUCAACGUCAACGUCGUCAUCUGCCUCAUCUUCCCGCUCCACCUCUCCCACCUACUCUUACAGCUCCUCCAGGAGCACACGAGACAGGACUGGAGGAAUUGAUGGAGAGGACGACGACGACGAUGAAGAUCUGACAGAAGAGUCGAGUCUUCUCCUUGGGAGGGGAAGAGAGAGGGAGCGCUCUAUCAUUCGACCACGUUCCCUUAGCCACGGGCGCUUGCCACCACCAAUUCCCCCCAGGAAACCACGCACAUCUUGGGGUGACAGAGAAAGAGAACGAGAAAGGGAAAGAGGCGGGAGCCAACUGUCUCAGCUUCAAGAGUGGUGGGCAAGCUGGAGCGAAAGGGAGAGGAGAGGAACAGGUGGAGAAGCUGAAAGGCUGAAAAGGGAAAAGAAGAGGAGGAAAGAAAAGGAGAAAGAAAAGAAGAAAAAGAAAAAGAACAAAAAGAGAAAAAAGAGAGAGGAGAGAGAAAGAGAGCGGGAGAGAGAAAGAAAGCGAAGGAAGGUGAAAAAGAAAAAGAAGAAGGCAUUAAAAACAAAGAAAAGGAAAAAGUCUACUGGGGGAAAACGAUCUGAGCCGGAAGAAGGCGAUGUAGAACAAGAGAGGGAAGGGGAAGCUGAGAGAGAAAGAGAUGAAGGGAUACAAGACUACUCUUCUUUUUCUGCCCAGUAUGGGAGCACAUUUGGAGAGAAGGGGAGAGAUUCAUGGGAAGGAGACAGAGAAAGAGGUAGGGGGGAAGAUGGCAAUGACAGGGAUGAGGAGGACAGUGGGAGAAGCAGGGAAAGGCGUCCCAAAUCCUCACACUCUCAUAGACGUCGAACCCCCAAUAAGCGCUACUCCAACUCUAAUAAGUUUCCUGCUUCUGUUAAAUUUUGGAUGAAUGGAAGAGGAGAUAACUCCAAUACCACUCCAGUGUCCCUCCACCCACUUCUUCCAUCAUCCAAGCGGCGAAAAAGCGGCGGGAUUGACAGAGAAGAUAGUGGUAGAGUUGGUGAAAGGCGUCCUUUGUUAAUGCAUUAUGAAAAAGAGAAAGCACAGACAAGAGAAGGGCUGUCUUUCCAUGAAUGGGACUCAGAUGAUGAUGAUGACGACGAUGAUGACGACGAUGAUGAUGAAGAAGAGAGAGACAGAGUGAGGGAGCGGGGAGAGGACAGGGGAAGGAGGGUAGGUAGAGGGGCUGUCUCUGAAUCUGAACGGGACAGAGGAAGGGUGGAGGACAGCUACUCGGAUGAGGGUUCUUCAGGAGAAUUUGGUCGUUUUGAAAGAUACUGGGAAGAAAGUGCAGGAGGCACUGGCACUGGGAUUGGAGGCAUAGGUGGAGGAGGCUGGUUCUUUGGUACCUAUCCCUCCAGAGAGAAAGGGGGAAGCAUCAAUAGUCGAGAUGAUUCGUUACUGGGAACUCGGGCAGAAGGAUGGAUUGGUGCUGAUUUCUGGGGAUCUGGGCCAGGAAUAGGUUGGGCGUCUGGUGGAGGGAGUGGAGGGCUGGGCUCACAGUGGCCACCACCCCCAACAGCCUUCCCUCCACCUAGACGAUACUGGUCCAUGGACAAAAUUCCUGUGAAGGGAGAAAAAAAGUGGAAGAGUGGCGGCGGAAAGAGAAAAGGACGAAGCAGGGAAAGACUGGAUGAGGGAGGACGGUCAACUCUGUGCUCCUGCAGCCUUUACCCACAGCCCCAUCCUUAUCCACAUCCCCAUGGCCGUUCACAAACUUCUAACUCCAAGAGAAGAGCAUCAGCACUUUCCCAUAGCCAAGAAGAGCUUCUUCCCCACUGCCACAGCUUCAGCGGGGGUUCUCGUCCCAAACCUUUGCCUCCCAAACCAGAUCCCAGUCAAGCCAAAUCAGGCAGCCAAUCUAACCUCAGCCUCAACACACAGCCGACAGACCAUCAGCCACAGCCCUCACCAUCACCACCGCAGCAGCCAUCCUUGUCACCCACCUCGCUCCCCAUGUCCAUCGUACCUCCACCCUCCUCAGCCUCUGUCUCGCCACCAGCGGGGGUAGGGAUGGCUGGUCCGGCUCAGGCUUCAGCCAGUGCCAAACUCCAAUAUCAGAGACUGCGCUCUGUACCUCAGCCACGGAGGUUCUACUCUCCCCACCUACCACUCAAAGCCAAGAGCCUGUGCUCACGUCGAGGGUCAGCCCACUUUUCCAGCCUGGAGAGUGAGGUAUGACAGGGGGAGACGAGAGAGGGAGACGUGGGAGCAAGCACCAGUGCUGCUGAAAACCUCGGCGCCAUGGCAGCUGGAGACAGGGGCGACACCAGAGAAAUGGCUGCCUUGGUGACCUUAGGUAAUCGGUUAGCAAGCAUCACUACAGGAACAAACAUGGACAGAGACUCUGUUGCUAACAAUACUCUCGGUGAGAGCGACGCUACUGCCACCCGCUCCAUUGUACGCGUUCUUAUGAGGGCGACAGUGAGGUGCCACACCAGGGUGAGCUACAUCCAUCUGGAUGGUUCCUACGAUGAAGAGAGUGAAGGUGAGGCUGCAUCACCGGGGACUUCGACCCCAGAACUUCUCUUAUGCUCAGAACUGAGCUUUGUGAUGUCAUCUUCGGUCCUUCUCCCCUCCCCAAAUCACAACUGUGGAUAACAGUAGUCUCCAACUUGUGAGUAAUGAUGUCAUGUUUGCACACAUACACACACCUACACGCAUGCGUGCACACACACCCACACACACAUGCACGCAAUCAGACACGAAAACACACAUGAUAUGCUCAAAACGUCUCCCUCCCUCUGGCUUUGAGUGGAAUGAGGAGAGACCCACCUUCUCUCAAAAGAUGCCAGUGUUUGGUCAUCAUCUGGCUUCCUGUCCUCAUUGGCUGAUGGCUUUUGACCUGGACUGGUGGACUGCUUCUUGGUGUCUUCUUCCCUUUUUUAAGAUAAGCAAUGCAGUCACCUCUUGUUCACUUUCUGCCUGCUCACAUUUCAAUGGACGGUGAGCACAGUGCUACUUAUUUGCCUUUAGGCCUCAUGACACCAUCAGACCCAUCUAGCUCUACCCCAGGACCAUCUAUAUGAUGUCAUGUUUUACUAGAUACCCUUUUAACCAGUCAGACUGAACAGGAACUUCUUUUUCUCUACUGUGUUGGAGCUUGUCACGACACCUCUGGUACAACUGGAAAAAUAUUACCAAGUAUUAAAGAUUUUGAACAACAAACUCAUCAAAAGAGGAAUAACAACAUGAAGAAAAGACAUGUAGCAGAAUUUCUUUUCAUGUCUGUCUAUAUAUUUAUUUUUUAUUCAGACCUCUCUCCCUAGCCCCUUCUUUUUAUUCUAUUAAUAUAUUUCUCUGACUGUGUUAGUGUUUUAAUAAGUAGGAGGCUGGAUGUGGCUAGUGUUGGAGGUGGGAAUGAUUUCCAGAGCAGUGCUGAAAUUUCACCCAAAUUUUGAACUUCAACAAAAUCCUAUUUUUUUCCUCUCCAUAUGCGAACAACUCUUAACUCAGCCUAAUCUAAGUGAAUUCAGGAGAUGAUUAGUGUAAUAUCUGUAAUUGGCACUAGAUGGCUGCAUAAUAUUUAAAUACAGUCUUUGAAACUGUGGUGCAGGAAGCUGAAGAUCAUUCAAGUAUUUGUAGAUGCAUUACAGAUAGCAGAGAGGGUGCAGCUUUGGACAUACAGUAAUUGGUUCUGUGAAAGUGUCCAGUCAGGGUUUAUUCCAACACAUUUUCAAGCCCUCUUUAGAUUUUAAUAUAUGUUGCCACCAUUCUGUGUCCUGGUUGAGCCGGUGGAUGAUGGAUUAUCGGAAGCACAAUUCCUCAUUGUAUUUUUUAAGACGUGUUGCCACAAGUGUAAAUGCACAAUCUUAAGGUAACAUAUUUUGCUGAUAUAGCUCUUCGCGUAACGAUAACAAAUGUUGCUGGUGUAACAAAUAAGCUUCACUGUAACCAAGAGUCAAACAGUAAAAUACCAAGACACUUAUGCUGAGGUAGUCAUGUGCUUUGUCUUAUAUCUUUUUUUUUGGCAAAUAAGGCAGAACGACUUACUGUGAAUGUUUCCAGGUGCAUACUCAGUAGCUGAGCCUUCAUUGAAUGCAGUUGAUGAUGAUGCUAACUUGCAUUGUCAAGAUUAUUAGAUGGCUAUUUGACCUAAAGCAAUAUUCACAACUUUAAUAUGACAGGGAUGCAAUGGCACAUCAUUCUGUUUGCUUUUUGUCUGAUUUAAGCAAGAUAAGCUGUUUGACCCAAGAGAUAAAAUGAACCAUAUCUUCAGUUGUAGUUAGUAUGUAACUAGUAAAGCCUCACCUCACGCUAACCUGGAUGUUUUUCUGUUUCUCCACCUCCCGUCCACAUGCAAAGAGAGCUUUUCGUGAAAAAAUAGUGACUUUUAAGCAUUGCAACAGGGCCCACUUUGCACCUGCUCUGUGCAAAAAAGAAAAAAAAAAACACAAAGGCAGUGGAGCAUUUUUUUUUCUAAUGGAAUAUGUCAUAUAUAAAUAUAUCAGUCUCAUUUUGUCUCGACUCUGCUUCCAUUAAAUGUCAAAUGUAACUGAGAGGAAUGGGUAAACAGCUUCACAGAAGACAUGACCUGUAAUUGUUUAGGUGUAUUUUUUAGGUUAGCCCUUCUUUAGUUUAUGCUCAGGUUAUUCUUAUUUUGAACUUUAGUUUAGUUAUCCUUGAUGUCCUUAUUCCCUCCUGUUGGAGAUGCAUAGUUAUUACAGCGGUUUCGAUUAGAUUUUUGCAGAUGCGGAUUUUUUUCUUUUGAAAUGUCAGGAAAUAUAUCUUCUUAAAAAAUGACUGAAGUUAGAGUAAUAGGGCCAAGAUUUACAGCUCUCGACUUCAGUUGACAAAUUCUAAAAAGAAAUGCUACAUGUUCAAGACAGGGUAGUGAUAUGUAGCAUGGUACCUUCUGUGCCACAAGCCAUCUACUUUUUAGCUGUGCCAGCGCUAUUUUCUUAACUUUAGUAUAUCUACUUCAUGUCUCACACUAAGACCAGCCACAGCCCAGCCAUUCGUCUAUUGUAGUUGAAUGUAGCGUCAAACUGAUGUAGCAAAAGAACAUCUACUUACUUUGUAGCUUCUUUUUUUUGGAUGCUGUUUAUAAAGGCUCAAAGGACGGGACAGGGGGGAGGGAAAUGACCUGCCUUGCGAGGGGCUGUGCAUCGUGUUUGUGCAUGUCGUCACAGAUCGGAGGGUUAGUCGACCUUUUCACUUUCCCUUUUUUUCCCCACUCCUUUGCCCUUCUAGAGGCCAGACUAUACCUUUUAUCUACAUACGGAUUGCUUUUCUUUUGUGCCUCUAUGUGGGGCAGUUUUUGAAACGAUGUGUUUUAGAGAAAUGCUUUUGCUGUUUUCCCAUCAUUUGGAAAAAGUCCCAGACUAUCUGCAUGUUUCGCUGAAUGAAAUUGUUGAGAUUUGUAGUUUGAGGGUUGGUUUAGGUUGGGUUGUAGGCAUACUAGGAAACCAGGACAGCCACCUUUUUGGUAAGAUAAUAAGCUUGCUCUGCUCUGCACCCCAGCAGCGGAAACCACGGCAACAGCCCGACUGUUUCCUGUGUCAUCGAACACAAUUAUUUUCAACCAAUUAACAGGGCUUCAACCUGGUGUGUCAUUGAGCAUUAUUGAUUUCUAUUGAGGCACUAAUACUUAAGUCUGUGACUGCAUGAACACAAAUGACUCUUAAAAAACCCUCUGGCUUAUUUUUUAUUUAUUUAAUUUUAUGCUGACAAAAAAAAGAAUAUAUUGAAAUAUACUAUGUUUUUGAGAAUGUACCAUGUUAUACUGUGAUUUAACUGAGAUAUUUUAUUGUAUUCAAUCAUCAUUUGAAUUCUAUCAUUUAUCUAUAAAGAAAUAUAUGUACAAAUAAAUAUAUACAUAUAUAUACAUACAGGUAUAUAUAUAUAUAUUAGUUCAGUUUGGUAUAUUUGGAGGAAGUGUUAGAUGAAAUAGUUUUAAUGUUUUAGCUUUGUAGCGAUUCUAGACACUGAAAUCAUUUUUGAAUUUUGAUUCCUCCUAUAUGACUGUGAAGACAUUAGUGCCUGUGACAAAAAAGACAAGUAAAAGUCAAAAACUCUAUUCAUCUGUAUCUACUAUGGCUAUCAGUCCGUCACACCUCUAGUACUACCUAACAUUACAUUUUCUUGUUUUUUCUUCUGCUUUCUGCUCUUCUUCUCUUCUCUUUGGUUGUCUUAUUAACAACCAACGGACCAUCCACUUUUAAUUUCAGUCACAUGAUGGUCGCAUCUCCUCGUCAAUUAACUCCUCCAUCCACUUUUGUCUGUCUUUUGUUUUGGAUCGCGUUCUUUUUAAAUCAGAUCAUCCCUCUGUCUGUCUCUCACUUAGCAAAAAACAGAGACCAGUAGAUACUGUGUUCUUGCUCCUCUUGGACUGAUUGUUGAUGAUGGCAAUGAUGACGAUCAACUCACUGAUUGAUAAAACAAUUCAUGAACAAUGUUACUAGUACUGAUGUGACUGACGUGUGUAUUUGACGACCACACCACUGUAGCAAGUCUGGGCUGUACCACACCACCAGCAAGCAAGUGGGGCCUCAGUUUUAGGUCAUACAGCAUAAAGUUCUUCAUAUUGUCCAGCGCACUGGUCAAAUAUAUUUGAGCAGUGUUGAGAUUGGUAAAUUGGAAGACGAAGCAAAAUUGAAAAAAGGCAUGCUGAGGGGAAGUAUACCAAAACUGAAGUGCAAAAAUAUUCUUACCCCAUGAAUAUUCUGACAUUUUGCAACUACAAACAGCUAUUAGUUUUAAUGGGAAUAUAUAAUGCUUGAUAGACCCACGAAAAGCAGUGCAUAAUUGUGAGUCAAAGGAGCGGGAUAAGUGUUUUUUUUUUUUUUUUACAUGUUUUUACAACUAAAAAUUAUGUGCAUUUUUUCAUUGUCCUUUUUAAUCUGAUAUCCUGAAAUAACACCCAGUUUACUGCUACCACAGAGAAGUAUUUUUUGGGGGUAUGUUUCUACUGGUUUCUGCCCUUGUUUCUUAGCAAAAUAGCUUAAUGUCAGCCAGAUUGGAUGGAAAAUGUCUGCGAACAUGAAAUUUCAAGUCUUGCCACAAUUGGAUAUAGAUUUGGGCUUUGACUGGGCCACUCAAACAUGUAUGUUUUGAUCCAAACCGCUCUAUCUGUAUGUUCAGGGUCGUCGUCCUGGUGAACCUUCACUUCAAGCUCAAGUCUUUUGCAGCCUCCGACACCUUUUACACCCAUCAACUCUGACCAGCUUCAGUAUCCUUGCUGAAGAAAAGCACGAUGUUGCUACUACCAUGUGUCACAGCGUGGGCAGUGUGUGAAGUUUUAGUCCGUUCUUUGGUGUUUGUGGUGAUGUUUGUUUAUAAAUAUUUUCUGACAAACCUCUUAGGCCUGAGGCAUUUGGUUGCACUGAUUUUUAUUAAGGGCUAUCAGAGUAAAGGGGGCUAAAUACAAAAGCAGGCCAUGACUAUCAGGUAAACAUUUUGUAACCACUUGUCAACUAUGCACUGCUUUUUGUUGGUCAGUCAGAUAAACUCCAAGUGUAACAUGUUGAGGUUUGCAGAUGUAUCAUGGCAGAAUAUGAUUCAAGGGCUAUGAAUACUUUGGCAAGGCAGUGUAACAGCAGCAUUUCUGCUGAAUAUACAAAUCUAGACUGGACUGGGCAUGCAUGGAAGGUGGUAGAUGGUUGGAAUCUUAUAAAAUUAUGUUUAGUUAGUUAAUGCUGUCUUGCAUGUUAUUCCAGAAAUUUUUUUUUAAAUCACAGAUGGACUAAAACAUGUCUCUACAAGUUAGCCUGUGUUUAUUCUAUUUUUUUUAACUUUGUUUCACAUUCAGCAAAGUCAUGAUUUAUUGCAUGAGCACAAGUCAGCGGUCGACUUGUAGUCGACUUGACUUUGCGACGCUCUCCUUUCCUUGCUUUUCAUUUCCCACAGUUUCUAAAAUGCAGACACACGCUUUUGCAGUGCAUGCAUGCUACUACAUAACGAACACAUCAGCCAGGAUCCUCAACCUCUUUUAACACUCAGCUGCAAUUGAAAUCAAAGUCUCGUGUGGUUUGAUUAGUCCAUGUGAGCUUUGCAGAAGCUUAAAAAUCAUUCCAUAUCAACUCGUUUUUUUUUUUUUUUUGCCAGUGUCCAUUGAGUAACAUUUAGUCCACCUGAAGGGGCUGAGAACCUUCACAAUAAAUACACCGCUUGUUUGGAGUCGUCUGUGUUUUUACAUAACUCUCGUCUGAUGUCUUUCCUUGCCUUUUCUCAUACAUCAGUUUCUCUUAGGGCUGUCAAAAUCUAUUUGUUUUCCAUUUCUGUCUUGCUUUCUCUGUAAUUCAUGUUUUUCUGUUGUAAUAUGCUUUGACUGAUUAGAUUAUCUCUUUGGUCAAAAGGGAAGCUUUGAACCGUCCAGUCCAGUCUAGAACAGUGCGCUGCAGGUCAGUGAAGGACCAGAGUUCCUAAGAGAUCCUAAUGCAGCCUUAAGCUCAUCCCCCCCUCUCUCUCUCUAUCGGCCCAUGACCUGUUAACCAAUAUGUGUGGUGCUCCAGAACUCAAACAGGGUCCUCAUAGGCUGAACUAGCCAUGAACUAUAUCAAGGAAACAUAGGAGCAUCACACGUAGCACCUAUCAGGUCUCGGGCGUGCAUGCUGCACUGCAGAAAGCUUACUCUGUUGCAGUUGCUGUGAGCGGGGCACAUAUAUCUCCCCACAGAAAGCAGCGUGUGCUCUCCCCAUCGUACAAGGCCCAGUUUUGCUCUAGUAACCUUGCCAACACCACAGGCCUACUUACAGGUUGCUACGGCGGGUUGCUAGAAGGGUGAUGUCGCUCCUAGCCCAGACUGGUCUGGUCUUUGCCCUAUUUCAAAUGUGUUAGUUUAUUUGACAUUGUCUGUCUGGGGUGGGGCUGGAGGGUCAGUGCUGCACUUACUUCCUGAGAAUUGCUUCAUAAAAUAUGAUUCUCUCUAAUGA